AUGUCGACCUCUCAGGCUGAGCAUACCCGGGUUCACCCGCGUCGGCGUCCCUUAAAGACAGCACCUCCCUCGCUUUCUGCUUCGACAUCGAUAGAAAGCUAUGUCGCGGACUCGUCAUCGUCGUCACCAAAUUUGAGUUUGAGGAAAGGGGAAACGUUCCAUUCACCUUCCCCACCACCCUCAGACGACAUUGACCCGGUGCUUAGCUUUAGGUCUCUGCCCCAACGCUCACCUACAUGCACCAGAAGCCUAGAGGCCAUCGCCGCCCGGGAGCAGCGUAUGGUCGACUAUUUAAGCAACCUUAACCUCAAUUCCUUAGAACCGUCUUCUCCUCUCUCUGACAAAGACAACGGAGACGAUCUUCCUGUUCCUCGAGCCAUCCUUCAAGCCCACAUCGAUUCUCAGUCAAUGGCGGACCGAGUCAGCAGACCUACUCAAUCCUCUGAGCUACACACACCUUCCAAGGUCCGGAAGACCCAUUGCCAUGCAUCGGACAGUGGACUUGGCACUUCCCUCAGCAGUGAGAACAUGUCGGCCUCAGACAAAAGUAAAGGUAUUUUUUUUUAUCUUUUGAACCUGCAGCCUCAUUUUCUUUUUGCUAACAUGCUUGUUAUAGUGAAAGCUGGACAGUUAUCAUUCGAAUCUCAGUCGUCUGCCAAAGCUACUACACGGAUGACUCAGUCGGCCAUCACCAGCUCUAUCUCGGCAUUUGAUGCUAAGAUAUCUCAGAAGCGUCAAUUGGGAUUGCCUGCAUGCAAGCAAAUUGAACGCCUUAUCAUAAAGCCUAUCCUCAGGGAAGAGAGAUUGAAGCCGUUCCAUCCCCUCGUUCAAAGUAUCCCUCAGCGAAUUGUAGAUAGAGAAAUCGGAUGUCUUCGUGACCUCGAAAAGACACUCUUGUGGCUGGCACCGGUGAGUGAUUUUCAAAAAAGGAAUGGCGUUGGGUGCAUUGCUCAUUCAUUUUCUCGUGUCUUGAAGAACUACGCGGCUUCCAGAGCUUCGUACCUCCGUUUCUGCGAAUUUACGAUUCAGUGUCUUCAUACGUCGGUCUAUCAUCUCAACGAACGCGAUCAACGGCUGCCAGCAGACAGGCCUUACACUAACGGCUACUUCCUUGAUCUCGUCGCACAGAUUCGCCGAUAUGCAGCUAUGAUUAAUGAGUCCCGAAGCAGCAUGCCUUCUAAUAGAGAACCAGCACAGAACGGUGCAAAAGCUAGUGCUCCGAAGUAUGUUGUCUCCCCGCCCUCCCGGUGGUUUGCAAGGUUUAACAUUGUCCGCAGUGAACAUAUUACCCUGGAGGGUGGAUUAUCCAAAAAUGGACGACCUGCCGAACUCGUGGUUCACAAGGAUGGCGAGAUGAUUUCGCUCCGUACGGGCAAGCCCUACGAGGAGAAUGCCGUUCCUGCGAUGAAGCGUUCUCUCAGCCUUGGCUCCGUCGACGAGGGCGUCGAGCGAUCCAUGGCUCGCCGCAAGAAGAAUGCACCUCCCAUGGAUAUUAACCAGAAGUGCAAAGACUGCGACAAGGUUUUCAAAAGACCUUGUGAUCUCACGAAACAUGAGAAGACGCACUCUCGUCCCUGGAAGUGUACCGAACCUUCCUGCAAAUAUCACGAAAUUGGUUGGCCAACGGAGAAAGAGCGAGAUCGUCAUAUCAACGACAAGCACUCCAAAGCCCCCGCUUUGUACAAGUGCAAAUUCGCGCCAUGUACCUACUCAUCAAAGAGAGAGAGUAACUGCAAGCAGCACAUGGAGAAGGCCCACGGCUGGGAUUACGUUCGCUCAAAACAUAAUGGCAGGAACAGCAAGAAGGCGUCCAACGGAGCUACGCCCCAGACUCCCAGCAUUGCUACUCCUAGCUCGAAGGCUCAGGGCAUUACAACACCCCUUACUGGCUCCGAACCUUCGCCGUUCGAACCCGUCACUGCCUACCCUCCGAACCCACCGUUUUCAUUUGCGGAUCCUCCUACCCAAACAGGUAGCGGCGACUUCCCUCUUUUCACUACGAAUAGCCCAUUUGAGGAUUUAGCCGCUGGUGUAAAUGAUUUCAGUCCGCUGCCAACCACCUCGUUGGACUUCCAAGCGUUUCAGUCCCAGCUCGAAGGGGCUGACCCUAAUGGCCUCAUUCCUCUGACUUUCGAUCGUCAAUCAUUUGACUCCGGGUCUCCAGUGCCAGACUUGAUCAAUGAAACUAUGGGCUUCGAUACGUCACCAGUUGCAUCCACCGACAGCAGCAGCCUCAAUUUCGACCUGGCAUGGAGCCAGCUUGACGCUCAAAAUGUCGAGGAAGAGUUUACGACUCUGACCAUGCAGAUGCUCACGCCAGAGCACUCGGUGUCGAUGAGUGCCUUGAACUCCUUUUCUCGAGACCCCUCCAUCUCGAACCCCUCUCCGCUCCCGGUCCAGAAAGUAGAGAAUUCGCUCUACACGCCCGACUCUUGCCAUGUUGAUGAAGGCGUGUCGGAUCUUUUCGAUUCCGGCUACCAGCAUAAGGCAGAUUUCAUGCUUUUCGACCAGCAUACCAACUUUGGGGCGAGUUCUGUCAAUAUGUCGAGUACUUGUCAACUUUCAGCGCUCCACAACUCGAAUCAGAUGUUCCCCUCUCUCAAUACUCCGGACCUCAACUAUAUGACCCAGGGAUGGCCCCAGGAUAUGGAGAUGGAACAUUUCUAA